AUGGCGCCCGCCACAAAAAAACGCCGAACCGGGAUUGAGGGAGAUUGUGAAGUUAGAGCCAAAGAGACUAUCGGCGGGCUCUCUUCAGAAGAAGCAAUGGAGGAUAUUUCCAAGGAGGAGGACGACAUUGGAGGCCGAACCCUUGAGGCGGAAUCACGGGCAGGAAAACCCCCCAAACACCCUUCUUCUGAGCAGGAAAAAGCGCAGGCUGUUGGCGAGAGUUACGAAUCCAAGUCCAGCAUCUUCCGAAUGGAAACUGAGGAAAUGCUCUCAGAAAUACGUGUGGACUAUCGCAAAAGAAUGGCGCCCGUAGAAAAUAUGCUGCACAAGCUUAGGAAUAUCAUCGAAAAGAUACCGCGCAAGACAGACACCACUGCAAGUAUCCUGAGUCACUUAUACCUCCUGGUUGUGCUAACCAUUCGUAGAUUGACGAGGUUGAGGGAGAGAUGCAAAAGCUCGAAAUCCGUAUCCCAUUCCCGGAGCCGAAGCCGGGGGCAGACAUUAAGUACAAGUUCUCGUAUGAAAAGCCGGCAUACAUGAAUAUCGCGGGGAGUUAUGCGCUUAGGACUGUCGCAAAACAGCGUGAAGGCUUUGCGAUUGAUCUGAUUCUUCAGAUGCCCCCAGUGUGUAUACCUUGUUCACUGCGCCUGUAGAAACUAACUGGUGAUCAAGACCAUUUUCCAAGAGAAAGACUACCUGAAUUACCGGUAUUUUCACAAGAGGGCUUAUUACCUUGCUACAAUUGCGAGCGCUAUUCAGGGCUCUGGGCUGGAUUUACAACUUUCUUAUUCUGAUCUUCACGGCGACCCUCUAAGGCCUAUCAUUGUGGUCGCCCCAAGUGGUAGUAAGUAAUUCUAGGUGUAUGCACGGUGAUUUAGCUAAGCAAGACACAGGUAACAGUGAAACGGAUUUCACGGCCUCAAAGUGCCUCAUCCACAUUAUUCCUGCUAUAUCCAAGAACACUUUUUCACUCUCUAAGCUGCGUCCUGAUAAAAAUGCAGUAAGACCUGUUGCAGACACAGUCGGCGGCUCAGUCCCACCAACCCCUCAAUACAACUCUUCAAUUUUGGCCGAUACAACUUACCUCGGGCAUCUCGCGCAGCUACACGAAAUGUCCUCCGAAGCCAAGGCUUUCAAAGAUGCCUGCCUUCUGGGUAGAACAUGGCUUAAGCAACGUGGAUUUAGUUCCAACAUUAGCCGAGGAGGAUUUGGUCAUGCGGAAUGGUCAAUAUUGAUGUCACUACUGCUAAAAGGUGGUGGCAGCAAAGGGAAUAGCAUUCUUGCAAAGGGGUAUAGCAAUUACCAGAUGUUCAAGGCUAUGUUGCAGUUUCUGGCCACUCAUGAUCUAAUAAUGAACCCGCUACUCUUUGGCGUAGAGUUAGGGAGUGUGCUGUGGCCUAAAGGACCUAACGUGUUUGAUGGGAAAUUUGGAUUGAACAUAUUAUUCAAAAUGACAGAGUGGGGAUAUCAUCUGGUAAAUUCUAUCUAACCUCACCAACUGAUAUAAUACUGACCCGAAUAGUUAAAACACGAAGCAGAAAUAACACUAAAGCUCCUGGGUGAUCCAUUAAUCGAUCAUUUCGAAGAAAUUUUCUUGCACAGGCUUGAUGACCCCUGCUACAAAUUCGAUACGCUCGCAUAUAUUCCAAUUCCGGAGCGCCUUGAUAAAGAUAGCGGGCUUAAUCCCCUGCUCUCGUUUUCCCAAAGACUGUACGAUAUGUUAUCCAUAGGUCUUACCGAUAGGGCAAAGCUCAUCCAUUUGACCCUUCCUUCCACUUCAGCUCAGCCGGUUAGAGUUAAUGGAAUCAAUCAGAGUAUUGCACCGGCCAAACAAAUAAUUGCUGGCUUCCUGCUCAAUGCAGCGCAGUGCAACCGCACUGUUGAUCACGGGCCUCCGGCCGGCCACAAAGACGGUGCCUCAUAUCGUGCCUUCUGGGGGGAUAAAGCUGAACUCCGUCGUUUCAAGGACGGGAGUAUACUUGAGAGUGUAGUGUGGUGCACGAAAGAUUCGAAAAAAUCUAUAUAUAAUCAAAUCAUUCAAUACCUGGCGACCAAAAACCUCGGCGGUGAAAUAGGCACUCACGUCAAAUUUAUUGGAGACGAAUAUGCAAAUGCGGUUGGAGGUAGAGGGGGCGUUGGCUUAUUUCAACCUACUAUGGCGGCAUUCGAGAACCUCAUUAAAGCGCUCAGGAAUCUUGAAGGGCUUCCAUUGGCCAUUCGGCAGGUUUCCGCCGCAGCACCAGCAUUACGAUAUUCGAGCGUGGAAGUGCCACUCUUCUCAUCCGGUCGGCUAAUGCAGCCCGCAGACGUGGUUGUUCAGUUCGAAAGUUCCGGUCGAUGGCCUGACGAUCUAAUCGCCGUUCAAAAAACCAAGAUCGCAUUCCUCCUUAAGAUGUCCGAGCUUCUAGAAAAGUCUGGUACCGUCACUCGCAUUGGGCUAGAAAAUAUCGACUACCCGGCAAUGAACUCGGCAUUUCUAGAGGUCGUCUAUCACGAAGGUUCAGCAUUCCGGAUUCGGAUCUACCAUGAUCGCGAGCAGACACUUCUAGAGCGACAGCUCUUGAACAAAGAUCUUCCGGGUAAGAAGCGGGAUGAGAUCACUGCAGCGCUUUCGGAACAUCGCAGAAGGUUCAUUGUUGGCCCACUUCACACCCAAGAAGUACAGAAGCUAUCUCACCGCUUCCCAGCUCUCUCCCCCAGCAUCCGCCUACUCAAGAAGUGGUUUCAAACACAUCUCCUGUCAAGAGAGGUUUCGGAUGAGCUCGUUGAACUAAUGGCCAUCCGUACAUUCGUUGCCACUUCUUCUCCACCGAAUAGCGUCAUGAGCGGAUUCCUCCGAACAUUACGCUUCAUUUCGCUGUGGGAUUGGCGAUCUGAGCCGGCUAUCGUUGGUGCAGUUGCUAAAAACACCUCAGAAACCUUCGGCGCAAUACGAACAUCCGAUCCUGCUAUGAACAGAUAUGUGAUGGUUAUCCCUACCGAGUAUGACCCUACGGGGACUACGUUCACGGAAUCUGGCCCGAGAAAGGUUGUUGCGGCAAGGGUUACUUCUUUGGCAAGGGCUGCCGUUGGCGCUAGUUUUAAGGUUUACUUUCUACAAUCGCCUUACCUUCUUCACAAUGAUCUAAUCUAUAGCAUGUAGGAUAUGUUUGUUUCUUCAACGAGGGACUACGACUUCGUAAUGCAUAUCGAACCUAAAUACACUCUAUCUGGUGUUCGCUCGAAAGGCUCAAAGUUCAAAAACCUACAGAAGACCGAAAUAACUUCUCAAGAUAUUGCCAAGUUAGGCCUAAACGUUCCUGAGACCUUUGUCAAUGAGCUUAAUGUAAUUCCCUACUUGAUUGUUUGACCCUCACCCACACUCCUGAUCAUACGUUGACCGAGAUAGGAUAUCUACGGAGAUACCAUCAUCUUUUUUACGGACGGAAAUAUAAUAGCUGGGCUCUGGAAUCCUUCAUCCGCGAGUGGAAGGAGAUGGAAAGUUAACAUCCCAUAUUCUACAAUUCCACAGGUGGGGAGGAAUGACGAAGAAGUUUUGAAACUGAACAAGAUGUCGAUAUUAAACGAGAUUUCGAGACUCGGGGGAGAAAUCCUUGCAAAAAUCGAAAUCAUAAAAAAGUAGUGGUACCCACAAAAUAGGAAAAACAACUGUUCAUUCCCG